AUGGAAGCCGGGAAAGCUACGGAUGCCUCCACAGAGUUUUUGCAGUGGUUGGAUUUGAAUGCCCAUGUCGACGUCCAGAAGGAACUGGUUCCCAGGUUGGGGCGGUUGGGGGGGAGAAGUUGCGCUAGAGUAGCUCUCCAGGCAUUGGGCCACCUUCAAGAUGGUCGCUUGCGCGAAUGUUCCCAUUUGGGCCACAUAUUGGCGGGUGUCGCUUGGGAAAAAUUGCACAUCGGCUUCUGGAAAGAUGUGGAUGUCGCUUGGAGGGACGCCUACACCCUUGGCAAGGUCCUGGCUGCGGUACCGUUUCUCCAUGGGUUGGAGGACUUUAAAAGGCGGGGAUCCUGGUGCCCGUCCCAGUGCUCCAGGGUGGAAGUUUCUUCUGAGGCAAAUGGCAGAGAGGGCGCCAUGCAUCCAACCGACCUCCAACAGCGGCGGGAUGCCCACGCCAGCACCCCAAAUGCACCUUCUCAGGAUUCCUUCAGACAGGUCGGAGAUUGUCCACACUAUGAGCAGGUUCCCAAGAGAAGAAAGCUGGCAGCAUCAGGAGUGGAGAAUGUUGGCCAAUCCUGCAACCAGGAAGUGUCGCUUGGGAACAACGAUCCGUCUCUUGUUGAUGAGGAUGGUUCCGAAGUAGGCUCCAGAAUGGGCCAUGGACCAUUGAAGGCAUCAGGCAAUUCAUAUGCAGUGGAAGACGCCACAAAGGAGGCAACAGACCUGCUUCGGGAACUCGACAUGGGGGCAAUAAUGGGGGGUCCUAUGUUUAGGCUCCCUCUAGACAGUGCAAUUAAUGCUGUGCAGCGCUUCUUGAGCCAGCAUCAGCCUCCUAUGAAAAUGGGCAAUCUGACGUUCGAGGAUAGCUUUUUAGAACAGAAAGUUGUGCCUCUUCCGCCGCGAUCCUUAAAUGAAGUCUCGACCUCGUCCCUGGAUGCAAAGGACCUACCAUCACUUGAGUGCUUUCUCGAGUCCUACAUGGCCCCUGGUGGGAAGUCCAAGCCAGUAGUUCUGACGGGCUGCAUGGAAGGCUGGCCUGCGCUGAAGAAAUGGUGCGAUGCAGAAUACCUCAUCAGUGUGGCUGGGCAUAGGACUGUGCCAAUUGAGGAGGGAAGGCACUAUUUGUCAGACAAGUGGUCACAGAGGCUUAUGACACUGUCAGAAUUCGUGGAAAAGUACAUGCACCCAUCAGCAAGGAUAGCUUGGGGUACAGAGGGAGAAGCUGGAGACUGUGCAGACACCAGAGGGUAUCUGGCUCAGCAUCCUCUCUUUGACCAGAUUCCUGCACUACUCCACGAUAUUCGCACACCCGAGUAUUGCAUGCUUGGAAAGGGUGAGAUGCAGAGUGUGAAUGCCUGGUUUGGGCCGCCUGAAACAAUAACACCACUUCAUUAUGAUGCCCAUCACAACCUGCUAGGGCAAGUCGUCGGGAGGAAAUAUGUGCGACUCUACGCACCAGAGCUGUCGUCGUGCCUGGCACCACGCACAGAAGAGCUGACAAUGAACUCGAGCCAGGUGGAUUUGGACUGUCCUGACGCACUGGACUCGCCAGAGUUCAAGGCAGCACCUUUCGUGGAUUGCGUACUUGAGCCUGGGCAGAUGCUUUACAUCCCACCAAGAUGGUGGCAUUAUGUGAAGUCCCUGUCCAUCAGCUUCUCAGUGAGCUUCUGGUGGCAGUGA